AUGCGCACAUUCUUCGCCCCGCUACUGCUUGCGCCGCUCGCCGCGCUCGCCGCACCCGAUGUCUACGGCGACUUCGAGGCCGCCGUUGCGCCAUUACCGACCCCCGUAUACGAGGCCAUGGAGACAUCUCCCGCCGACGGCAACCUCGAACUGCUCAAGCGACAAGGCAAUGCGUGCGCGACUUCCUACUUCAACUGCGCCGGCCUUGGCGCGCCAGGACUCUGCUGCCCACGAACAGCCGUCUGCUCAGCCGACCAGGCAGGCCACGUAGCAUGCUGUCCCCAAGGCGUCGCCUGCACAGGAGCCAUCGGCGCAGUCCCCACCGGCGCGAACCCCUCGGCCACCUCGACCGUCUCCUUCGUAAUCGCAUCCACAACCGGGGAGCAGCCCUUCGUGCAGGAAACAAAUGGCGCAAACCACGGAAGCACGGUACAGAACCAAUUCUACCCUUUCCCGUACAUACCGACGACUUACACCAACGCAGCUGCCUGCUCGUCCGCUUAUACAAGCUGCCAAAGCGAUGCUGCAAGUUGUACGACUGCUCUAGCCAACGGCGCGGCUGGCGUCACCAUCUCGGCCCCCAACGGCGGCGGCGCUACCAUUACCGCGAUUCCCAGUGUCGGCCUCCAGUCCGCUCAGAGCAUCUGUUCCAGUCUGAGCAGUCUGGGUUGCUCGCAGCUUACCGUCGAGGCUUGUGCGGCUUUUGACGGUCAAGGGAAUGCGGCGAAGAGAGCGCGGUGUGCCGACUACCUUAUGACAGCGGGAGUGGCCGUUGGAAUCGCAGGGCAGCUGCUGAGAUGA